ACUGUGGUGUGUAAACCCCUACGGAGAUGCAAAUCCUACGGCACCGGGUCGCGUUGAAAAAGACCUGCUUAGUAGCUAGCAGAAUAGUCGAUUGGGGACCUUUGAAGGUUCAAAAUGGUGCUGCGGCGGAUCUUUCACGCUUUGAUAAAUAACGCUCAAGUGGUGGAGAAGCUCGCAGAGUCUCGACCCAUCAGACGGGCGGCGCAGAUCACGGCCUUCGCCAUCACUAAAGCACAGAUCGCCGGGAAAGACGCUUCGACCAAGAUGCUCAGAUCCGAGACUUUUCGCCAGAUACGCGAGGAGACAUCAAAGAUGCCAAGGGAUGUGGGAGAGCUGGGUCGGAGAGCGACAAGACUGCGGGAUACGUUUGUGAAGGAGGUGAAAGAGGGAAUGAGGGACGCCAACAGACACAUAAAAGACAGAAAAUGACUGAAGAAGCGCUGAA